AACAACAGGGGAACAUGACAAUUUCUUUGAGGACAGUUUGCUGAGAGGUAUAGAGACAAACAAUUCAGGGUUGUUGCCGACAUUCACAGAGCAGCUGCAGAUGGUCGAGCGCCGCUUCUUGGAGCGAAAAACAACCACUGAUUGGUGGAAUCACAUCGUAAUGCGGGUUUGAGAUGUUGAGCAAUGGCUGCAGAACUUCUGGGUUUGAAAGGCCUCAUUCCUGGAUCUGUUGUGCUGAGCUCAUCCCAACCCUCUCGUGCAGCAGCACCACAAUGAGAGCUGUGUUGACAGUGGGGAGGGAUUUAGUGCAAGACGAGGAAGAACAGUUGAUGGAAGAAAGGAAAAAGAGAAAAGAAGACAAGAAAAAGAAGGAAGCUGCUCAAAAAAAGGCCAUUGAACAAAAAAUCAAAGUGCCAGAACAAACAAAGACCAGUGUAAGCCAGCCUCAGCCCGUCACCUCUAACGUCACUUCCACAGCAACCAGCACUAAUAAUAAUGCCAAGCGGGCCACAGCCAACAAUCAGCAGCAGCAGCAGACCUUGCCUCGAUACCCUCCUCGUGAAGUACCACCACGAUUUCGACACCAGGAACAGAAACAGCUUUUAAAGCGAGGUCAGCAGUUACCAGUGAUAGCUGCAAACCUGGGAUCCACUCCUAAAGUAUUAAACAGCCAAUCAGGAGGCAGUGCUGUCACAAGUAAACAACCGGUGACCAACGGAGAAGUGCCGAACAGCAGCAGCAAAAAACAGUCAGGCAUGCCUCCCAUUCGGGACUUGGUCAGCCAUUCCCCUAACCAGUCAGAUCUGAACCACAGUGGUCUAGGAUCCCAUUAUGAAAAUUCUCACUGGGGACCAGUCUCUUCAAAUAGUGACUCCAGCACAAACUGGGAUAAAGUUAUCGUAGACGGUUCUGACAAAGAAGCAUGGCCAUCAAUCACAGGCAGUGACCCAGAGUUGGCUUCAGAAUGUAUGGACACUGACUCCGCCUCUAGCUCUGGGUCAGAGAGAAAUCUUGUUAUAAUGGCUUCAGGGAGCACAGGUGGUGAAAACGAUAGCGUUCGGAAUGGCAUUGGACAUGGUUCUCAAAAUAAGUUUGUGGUUGGUAGCAACAGCAAUAAUGUGGGCAAUGGAAGUAUUAAUGGGCCAUGGGGUAUAUCCCAUGGAACCAUAAUAAGCACAUGUCAAGUUUCUGUGGAUGCUCCUGACAGCAAAUCUGAAAGUAGCAACAAUAGAAUGAAUGCUUGGGGCACCAUAAACUCUUCAUCAAAUGGAGGGUUAAAUCCAAGCACUUUGAAUUCAAAUGGCAACCAUGGUGCCUGGCCUGUAUUGGAGAACAAUGGACAUGCCCUGAAAGGGUCUGUAGGGAGUGGUAAUUCUGGCACAAAUAUUCAGUGCAGUACCAUAGGUCAGAAGUCUAACAAUCAGAGUAUUAACUCUAAAGUGGGUGGUUCAGCCCAUGGUUCCUGGGCAAGCCUUCAGGAAAAUUGUGAUUCUGAAGUGAAUGGUACAAGGAAGGUUUCAUUCAGUGGACAACCUCAAAACCUUAACACUGAAAUGAAUGGACCAAAUAACACUACUAACUUUAUGACCUCUAGUUUACCAAACUCUGCUGGUUCAGUACAGAUUAACGAACUGCCUAAUAAUACAGGGCCUGGGGCCUGGCGUGUGAGCACAAUGAAUCAUUCUCCGAUUCAGGCCUCUCCAGUUACAAAUGGCACUUCCACUUCUCAUCUUAGCAAUGGUGAGGCAAAAAAUGGUGGAUCUUAUGGUACUACAUGGGUUGCCUAUGGUUCUAAUUACUCUGGAGACAAAUGUUCAGGCCCAAACAGCCAAGCUAAUAGUGACACUGUGAAUGCAACUCUAACGCAGCCUGGCAUCAAUGGGCCUGGCAGCACUAAUUUUCAAAUCAAUGGGAAUAAAGGAGGAGGGGUAUGGGAGGGAGGGACAGUCAACUCCCAAAAUAUGCCAUGGGGAAGCGCAAAUGGUGUGAGUUCUGGAGGAAGUCGAAGAGGAUGGGGCAACGCUGCACAAAACACUGGCACUAGCAUUUCAAAUGGGGAAUGGAAUAAACUGCCUAGCAAUCAGCAUUCCAAUGAAAGCGUAAAUGGAAAUAGUAGGAAGUUUACAAAUGGAUGGAAAUCUGCUGAAGAGGAUGAUCUUAAUAGCCAGAAUUCUGCUGCAUCUCAGAUAACUGAGCAGAACAAUGUAUGGGCCAAAACAGGUACUGGGGAUAGCGAGGGUAGUACAGAGAGCACUGGAUGCCAUGAUGAUAAAGUAACUGCAGAAGGACAGAACCGAGAGAGAAGAAAAGUUGACCAGCAUGCAUUACUCCAAAGUAUAGUGAGCAGAACUGACUUAGAUCCACGUGUCCUUUCCAACACUGGUUGGGGACAGACUCCAAUUAAACAAAACACUGCCUGGGAUACUGAAACAUCGCCAAGAGGUGAAAGAAAGACUGACAAUGGGACAGAGGCCUGGGGAGGCUCUGUGACACAGACUUC